UCCCUCCCGCCCGGUUGUGGUACCGUUACCCCCGUUCCUGCUGCUUGUCGUCUAUUCCUCUAGGCCCUGUCCCGGUGACCACAGUGCGACGACGAGGGUGACUACAAGACCGUGGUGGCGUGUGCUGGUUGGUGGCUUGUUUGGUGGAGCACGUCGGGGCGAUCAGGGUGGUGGGUUUGGUGGUCAGGAGAAAUCCGUGUCGGCAUGCCCGACUCUGACGCGGCGACGCCUGAGGGUGCAGCCUUCCUUCCUGAAGGGCGUCGGAUGUAUCCCUCCCCAAUCCCUUCCGCGUACCGGGGGAAACCCUAGGUCUAGUCCGGGCAACAGCGGCAUCGUCGUCGUUCCUUUGUUGAAGGUGCUGCUUGGUAUGCGGCGUCUCGGCGUGCUAGGAGCGUGGUGGUACUUCUCCGGAGGGCGCAGCGGUUGCGGAGUCAUCCCCGUUUUCGUCAAUCUGCCGGUGUCGGCAUUAGUUUCUUUUUCUUUUCUUUUUCUUUUUCGUUUGGGUUCGGUUGUGCUGCGGCCCCAGCUGUCUCGUUGUAUCGGUCGGUUGCUAUAUUAAUAUAGCGGGGCGAAAGCCUAUUUCGAGGAGGAGAUAGAUGAUAGCUGAAUCGUCCAGUAUGGAGCUAGUCCCAUCUGUUUCCAUAAUUCUUGUCAUGCUUUUAGCACAAAUUCAAACAGUAGACAUGAUAAGAGAACAAAAACCACGAUAAGAAUUCUCAAUAGAGGAAAAGAGAGGGUAUUCUCGAAAAGAAUUAUGAAGAGAGGGAGUACCUUUUAAUUAAACUAGAUGACACCCCGCGCGUUGCGGCGGGACACUUAUGUCCUACUCUAGAUUCUACAUAAGAACACACCCGAAAAAUCCCGAAAGGUAUAGUUUUAUUAAGGAACAUUUCAAAGUAAUGCACCAAUUUUCAUUGUGCAGAAAUAUUUAUACAUGACUGAAUAUUUUAAACAAUGAUAACCAAUCACAAGUUUCGAUAAUCUAAAACACCCAUGUUGAGUGCUUCAUAUAGAGUGCAAAGAACUGCUAAUGGAUGGGAUCUAUUCUCGAGAAAAUACAUGUGGAACGGGGAAAUAAAAUGUAUGAGUGUGAACUAGGAACAUAAAGUAAUAGUUUUGUUGCAGUAUACAUUUUUAAAAGAAAAAGUAGACAAAUUAUCAUUCAUCGUGGAUGAUACUAUAAGCCUAUAACAACACAGAAAACGAAUCAAACUAACAAAUAAUCACUUGACUUGAUGAUCUACUUUAAUUUCAUCAGCUCAAGUGAAACUUCAGUUACUGUGAUAUGUUUUAUUUGAAAGCGCGAAAAUUCUCUGGAUUUUUAUGCAUGAAUACAAUGCAUACAUCUGUGUUCCUCUAUUUUUGUAACCCAAAUCCUGGGAUGUUAUAGUCAUUCAUCAAGCUGGAGGAGGGGAUGACUGUUUUUUUUUUUGCUAAAAAUGGUUGUUGAUUUUGUAGUGAAAGACUUGGGAUUUUAUUGUAAUAAAUUAAUACCGCCUUUGACAAGAUACAAGGUGCUAAAUUCAGCUUACAAGAUCAAAAAGACACCGGCACGAGCUACCAAAGAAGCUACGAAUGGAGACGCGAACAAUAGGCAUGACCAUUACGAGGACUACGGAUAAUCGGAGAAGUAGCUGGACAACAAAAAUGUCGGGUUGGAGCUCACCCAAGAUAACGAACACGUUCCCAACCAACAGAACUCCCCGUUGCAAGCAACGCCACUAGAAUUUUGAGAAAUACAAAAUAAACAAAUUUCUAACAAAAAGAUAUAUUAUUUUAGUACUAUUGUAUUACCAUUUACUGUCACAAAUUUGUCUUUUUUUUUAUUUCCUAAAAUACAUCAUAUUUUUAACGGGAUUUUUUGCAUACACUCAUACUAUACAUAUCUAUCUAUCUAUUUAGACACAGAAGUGUGAGGUUUUAAAAAAAUUAAAAAUCUGAAAUUGAAGGGACCCAUAUGUCAAAGACACCUUUUGUCUUCUCUCCUGAUGAUUCGGCGAUUUCCUUCCGCUAAGAAAAAGAAGAUUCGGCGAUUCCCAAGUCCCAACCCUAGCCCCCCCCGAUUUGCUCUCUGCCGAUCCCGUGUCGCCUCCACGAUCUAGCAUCCCACGCUUCUAGCCCUCCAUAACAAGAUGAAGAGGGCGAUAGCCUUACCGAAGCGGAAGGUGGCCCUCAACCCGGAUAGGAAGCGGAAGGUGGCCCUCAACCCGGAUGGGAAGCGGAAGUUGCAGUGGCUCGCGGCGAGGUUCCGACCGAAGCAGCGGAAGGAGGCCAAGGUAUACAUGACUGACAAGGAAACUCACAUGCUUGCUGUUGUUAACAUGGACUGGGAUCAUAUUAAGGCGGUGGACUUGUAUAUGGUCAUGACAUCUGGUAUCCCGGAAGGUGGCCGAGUUCUGUCAGUCUCGAUAUAUCCAACAGAAUUUGGACUCAAGUGCAUGCGCGUUGAGGAAGCUAUAGGCCCUUCUGCUCUUAUUGGUGCUGAUUGUGAAGAAGAUGGUGACUUUGAGGCCGAGAACAACAAGCUCCGUACUUCUCUAAACAGACGUAGGUUCUACUAUGCAGUUGUGUUGUGUGAUUCCAGGGCAACUGCACUUCGCCUAUACACGACUUUUGAUGGUACAGAGUUCUUGAAAACAGCAAAUGUGUUCGAUUUGCGGUUUAUUCCCGGCUCUAUGGACUUCAACUAUCCUGCUCUUGAUGUAGCUACAGAGGCACCUCCGAAUUACAAGGAACCUGAUUUUGGGACUCAACUUACCAAAGUUGAGCCCAUCUGGGAUAAUGAUGCUAAGUUAGAUAAACUUAUUAAAUAUAUAGCGAGGUAUGAGGGCGAAUCAGAUGAAUGGUUUUGUACAACAGGAGUCAGCAGAAACAAGCAUAGAAGGUGCGCACCUGUGGAGGAACCGAAUGAUGGGGAAACGUGGUACCAAGAUUCUGCUGUCAACUCUCUUGUGAGGCGUUCUAAAAGCAAGCUAGAGUGAAAGGUUCAUUCCUUUGCGUUACUUUGGGGACUCUGGUGCGAUAAUAGUUAUCUUUUUGUAUUUCUAAUUAUCUUUGAGUACUGGAGUUGUAUCCUGUG